AUGAUUGCCUACGACAUUGCGAGCAAGGUGGCUGACAAGGAAGCCAAGAAAAAGGAAAAGGAAGAAAUCCUCGUGCAGAAGAAGAAAGCCACUGCACAGAAGAGAGUCAUUGCAGCGAAAACUUCGAAACUAUUGCGCGGGUGGGGUCGUACGUCUUCGGGUGGAGCUUCUUCCGAACGCCUGGAAGUCGGCGUGGAUUCCAUCAGCAACGACAAAUGCGCAAAGCUGAUGACUGGGAGCACCGUUAACGAAGCCAUGCUGUGUGCGAGCGGCAAGUUGGGCGAAGAUUUGUGCAAAGGCGACUCUGGCGGACCACUAACGGUGCAAUUGAACGGGCCUGUCAAGGUGGUGGGAAAGGCUGGCUUGAACAGCCGCAUCUCGAUCGCCCGCGACUUCUUUGAACCCUUCAUCACCACGUCCCCCACCGCUAGUCCUAUCACCACCAAACCGACUGUCGCCCCAGUCACCCAGUCCAAAGUGCCUAAGGUGGCCCCCAUCACGUUCUUCCAAGGGCCCCACUGUCGCCCCUACGACUGCCUCGCCGUCCAAGUGCAGUGGCUGCUCUACAUGCUUCUAACCUACGCUGAACCACUCCUUCCCCCCUGCGUACUCCAAGUCUACAUGUGA